UCACAAAGAGGGAUGUUGGAGUCCCGUCAAGCGGAGCAAAUGUCGCGGCUCUCUGCUGUAGCUCACGGUGCUAAGCUUGUUUUUCUUUCGGAGGGAGGCUGGAAAAGGAAAGCAUGCUCGGCCUGACUUUGAAGGGGGUGUCUCUGGCACUCAGGGAGGGAAGGAUCUCCCCGACAGAGCUCUGCAGGAAGUGUCUGAAUCGCAUCAAGAAGACCCAGCAUCUAAACGCUUACAUCGCUGUCACAGAGGAGCUGUCUCUGAAGCAGGCUGAGCAGUCUGAAAUCAGGCUGCGUCAAGGUGUCCCGAUCGGUCCUUUGGAUGGCAUCCCCUUUGCAGUCAAGGACAACUUUAGCACUCGGAACAUCAAGACCACAUGUGGCUCUAGGAUGCUUAAAGAUUACACUCCACCAUACAACGCGACAGUUGUGCAGAAGCUGCUUGACCAGGGGGCUGUUCUGAUGGGGAAGACCAACAUGGACGAGUUUGCAAUGGGGUCGGGCAGUACUGAUGGGAUUUUUGGUCCAGUCAGAAACCCGUGGAGCUACGCCACCUCCUACCUAACACAGUCAGGGGCAUCGCCAGACUCUGACUGGGUCAUCUCCGGGGGAAGUUCAGGUGGAAGUGCAGCAGCUGUGGCCUCUCUCACCAGCUACCUGGCUUUGGGUUCAGACACAGGCGGUUCAACCCGUAACCCUGGGGCGUUGUGUGGGGUCGUCGCCCUGAAGCCCACUUACGGACUUCUGUCACGACAUGGUCUCAUCCCACUGGUCAAUUCCAUGGAUGUCCCUGGAAUCAUCACACGCAGUGCUGCUGAUGCAGCCAUCGUCUUAGGUAUCCUCCAAGGCUUUGAUGUUAAAGACUCAACCACAGUUCCAUCCCCUUCAUCUCCACAAGAGCUUCCCGAAGACUUUGAUGUCAGGAACAUCUGCGUCGGCAUCCCUAAGGAGUACCACGCCCCCGGCCUGUCUCAGGACAUUCUUGCACAGUGGAGCCGUGUUGCAGAUUUGUUUGAGAGCGCCGGAGCUCGAGUGAAGCAGGUUUCCCUCCCACACACCCCAUACUCCAUUGUGUGCUACCACGUCCUGUGCUGCGCCGAGGUGGCGUCCAACAUGGCUCGCUUUGAUGGGCUAGAAUACGGACACCGAAGCGAGAUGAACAGCUCGACCGAGGUCAUGUACACGUCGACCCGUCACGAGGGCUUUAACGACGUCGUUAGAGGGAGGAUCCUAUCUGGCAACUACUUCCUGCUUAAACAGAACUACCAGCACUACUUUGUGAAGGCCCAGCAAGUCCGCCGACUGAUCGCAGACGACUUCAGGCGCGUGUUCAGCUCUGGUGUCGACGUGCUGCUCACUCCCACCACGCUGGCGGAUGCAGCUCGAUAUCACCACUUCACACAGGAAGACAACCGCACUCGCAGCACGCAGGAAGAUGUGUUCACCCAACCUGCAAACGUGGCAGGUCUGCCGGCCGUCUCGGUGCCAGUCUCGUUAUCAACACGAGGCCUUCCUAUUGGCUUACAGCUAAUAGGCCCCGCCCUGGAGGACAGGAAGUUGCUGUCAAUCGCUCAGUGGCUCGAGGAGAGGGUUGGCUUUCAGUCUAUCAGUGACUCUGACGACUCACAGCAGAGCAGAAAUGUCACGGGAAGGACUCAAAGGGAGCAGACGUCAGCUGUUUAAAGACUCAGAUCAACAGGACAGACCAAGAAGACGUCCUCCUUUCUUCAUCAGUCACGUUGUAUGGUCGAUCCAAGUCUCCUUGGAGAUUUACAUGAAUAAAACAUGCAAAAAUGGCACUACU